GCCUGCCGCCAGUACCCGCUGUUCUGCUGCCUGCUGCUGGCGCUCGGCGCCGCCACCCUCCUCCUCAACCGGUAUCUGCACGUUCUCAUGGUCUUCUGGUCGUUCGUGGCCGGCGUCGUCACCUUCUACUGCUCGCUGGGACCGGAUUCCCUGCUGCCGAAUAUCCUGUUCACUAUAAAGUAUAAACCUAAGCAAUUAGAACUCCCGGAGCUGUUUCCCCACGGUCACAGUUGUGCUGUCUGUGGCAAGGUCAAAUGCAAGAGACACAGGCCAGCUUUGCUUCUGGAAAACUAUCAGCCGUGGCUGGACCUGAAGGUGCCGUCAAAGGUUGAUGCAUCCCUCUCAGAGGUACUUGAACUGGUGCUGGAAAACUUUAUUUAUCCAUGGUACAGAAGCAUCACUGAUGAUGAAUCCUCGGUGGAUGAGCUGCGGGGCACGCUGCGCUUCUUUGCCUCUGUCUUGGUUCGGAGAAUCCACAAGGUGGAUGUCCCAACUGUUGUAACAAGGAAGAUGCUCAAGGCAGCAAUGAAACACAUAGAAGUAAUAGCCAAAGCCAGGCAGAAAGUGAAAAAUGCAGAAUUUUUGCAGCAAGCUGCGCUAGAAGAGUAUGGACCAGAGCUCCAUGUUGCUUUGAGAAGUCGGAGAGAUGAACUUCACUACUUAAGAAAACUUACUGAACUACUUUUUCCUUAUAUUUUACCCCCCAAAUCAACAGAGUGCAGAUCAUUGGCACUUCUUAUAAGAGAGAUCCUGCCUGGUUCUGUUUUCCUUCCCUCUAUGGACUUCUUAGCCGAUCCUGACACUGUCAACCACUUGCUGCUGAUCUUCAUUGAUGAUAGUCCACCUGAGAAAGCAACAGAGCCCACUUCUUCAUUGGUUCCAUUCCUACAGAAAUUUGCAGAGCCAAGAAAUAAAAAAACAUCUGUCCUGAAACUGGAGCUGAAGGAGAUCAGAAAUCAGCAAGACCUUUUAUUCCGAUUUAUGAACUUCCUGAAACAGGAAGGAGCGGUCCACGUGUUGCAGUUCUGCCUGACUGUAGAGGAAUUCAAUGACCGAAUUCUGCGACCAGAGCUGUCGGAUACUGAGAAGAUGGCUCUUCAUGAGGAAGUGCAGAAAAUUUACAAAACUUACUGUUUGGAUGAAAGCAUUGACAAAAUUAGAUUUGAUCCUUUCAUAGUGGAAGAGAUUCAAAGAAUUGCUGAAGGGCCGUAUGUGGAUGUUGUGAAACUUCAAACGAUGAGAUGUCUUUUUGAAGCUUAUGAGCAUGUUCUUUCUCUCCUUGAGAAUGUUUUUACUCCUAUGUUUUGUCACAGUGAUGAGUACUUUAGGCACCUUUUGAGAGGAGCAGAGUCACCCACACGCAAUUCGAAGUUUAACAGAAGUAGCCUGAGUUUGGAUGACUUUCGGACCACACAGAAAAGAGGAGAAUCGUUUGGAAUCAGCAGAAUAGGCAACAAAAUAAAAGGUGUGUUCAAGAGUUCUGCAAUGGAAGGAGCUAUGCUGCCUAACUAUAACUUAAAUGAAGGAGAAGAUGAUUUUAUUGAGGAAGGUGUCAUGGUAAUGGAGGAUGACUCUCUGGAGGAGGUUGUAAGUACCCCAAAUACACCCCGCAACCUCUCUGCGUGGAAAAUCAGUAUCCCCUACGUAGAUUUCUUUGAAGAUCCUUCCUUGGAAAAGAAAGACAGAAGGGAGAGGAUUCCUGUGUUCUGUAUUGAUGUAGAGAGAAACGACAGAAGAGCAGUUGGACAUGAACCUGAACACUGGUCUGUCUACAGAAGAUACCUUGAAUUUUAUGUGCUUGAGUCAAAGCUAACAGAAUUCCAUGGUACAUUCCCUGAUGCUCAGCUUCCUUCAAAGAGAAUCAUUGGCCCCAAGAACUAUGAGUUCUUAAAAUCCAAGAGGGAGGAGUUUCAGGAGUAUCUGCAGAAACUUCUGCAACAUCCAGAGCUAAGCAACAGCCAGCUUCUAGCUGACUUUCUGUCUCCAAAUGGAGGAGAGACCCAGUUUCUUGACAAAAUGUUGCCGGAUGUGAAUCUUGGUAAAAUUAUAAAAUCUGUUCCAGGAAAGCUGAUUAAAGAGAAAGGUCAGCAUUUGGAGCCCUUCAUCAUGAACUUUAUCAACUCCUGUGAAUCUCCCAAGCCUAAACCAAGUAGGCCGGAACUUACUAUUAUCAGUCCAACUUAUGAGAACAACAAGAAGCUCUUCAAUGACCUAUUCAAGAACAACGCGAACCGGUCUGAGAACACAGAAAGGCGACAAAACCAGAACUACUUUAUGGAAAUGAUGACCGUAGAAGGAGUCUACGACUACUUCAUGUUUAUUGGUAGGGUGGUAUUUCGCAUUCCUGACUGGCUGCAUCACCUCUUCAUGGGAGGAAGAAUUCUCUUCAAAAACACAUUGGAGCUGUACACAGACUAUUAUCUGCACUAUAAGUUAGAGCAGCUAUUUGAGGAGCACCGUCUGGUUUCUUUGAUAACACUACUAAGAGAUGCCGUGUUCUGCGAGAGCACGGAGGCCCGCUCCCUCCAGGACAAGCAGAAGCGCGCGAAGCAAACCUUCGAGGAGAUGAUGAGAUACAUUCCAGAUUUAAUAGGCAAGUGCAUCGGGGAGGAGGCCAAAUACGAAGGCAUCCGGCUUCUCUUUGACGGAUUACAGCAACCAGUGCUCAACAAACAGCUAACUUAUGUGCUCCUGGACAUUGGGAUUCAAGAACUUUUUCCAGAGCUGAGUAAGGGUCCAAAGGAAGGUAGCUCGGUGCCACCGUGGAUGUGAACGUGGGGACUGGGCUGAGCACCUAGGAGAGGCUUCUGCUGUGCACCAACAGAACGUACAUGUGGCAUCUGAGCCUUGCAUUUGUACAUUUUCUUGUAAAUAGCGUAAAUUAAGAUCUAAAAACCUCUUUGUGCAAUAAAGACAUUAAAAUUUAAUACUAGUUACAAUUAAAUGAUACAGUUGUGCUUUUUGUUCUUUUUUUUUUCUAUUGUUAUCAGCAAAAGUCUAAUCUGUUCCCCCAAAAUCUCUUUAUGAAGAAGGUACAGAGUGCUAGGAGACAGGACCUGCUGGGAGACCAGCCUGCAUGGGCUCCAUUAAAGCCCAGCUGUUGUCUUCCUUCAAGGAUAUUGAGAAAAAUUAUGUGGAAGAAGUUGUACAUUUUGUAAAUAUCUUGACAAAUCUUAACUCAUUUAAGGGAAUCUGACUGAAUCUAUUGCACACAGAUCAUCUCAGAACUUAUCUUUGGCCGUCGUGCUUUCAAGGAGCCUGGGAACUACAGCGCAUGUAAUAAUUGUUUAUUUAGCAUCUGACCUUGAAAUUUAAAGCACUCUUAAAAUAACAAUGGGUGUGAAGUGUGUU